UGUCCCACCUCCUCGUCUCUUCCUAAGCAUUCCUCGCCUCUUCCUCGCUUCCUGCUGCUCGUCCGUGGCUUCGCAUUGGCCGGCUUGAAGCACGCACUACUCCCGACGAUGGACGAGAUGCUGGCUUCUUCCCUUCUGCAUAUGUCGCCGCCAUCGAUGAUGAACCACGGCCACGGCCUGCUGGCCAGCUUCUUCACCUUGGCGCUAUGCGGCACCGGCCUCGCCGGAUGGCUUGUGUUCGGGCGAACCAGGAGACUUGGGCACGUUGCGCCUGCGCCUGGCACCACCGGCCGCGAUGAAGCAGGGCAAGGUAUACAAGAGCAAGACUGCCUCAUCCAACAGAAUUCCGGUGCCGGGCUGGAGUCAACGGAGGAUCCAUAUGCACCUCCAACACUCAACGUGAUCCACCCCUGGCUGCUGGAGGUCAAUCUGGUACGCGGCCUCCGUCACGAAAAUAUCAUCACACUCGUACCUCCUUCCACUCCCGGCAGCGAGUUCGUCUACGAGCACGCGGAGAACGGCAGCCUUGAUAAGUGGCUGCACCCGCACCCCCUGCCGGAGACGGGCGAGCGCCGGCCCCGCUCGCCGCUGACCUGGCCGACGAGGAGGGCCAUCGCCAUCGGCGUCGCAGGAGGGCUGUCCUACCUGCACGAGCAAUGCAUCAUCCACCACAACAUCAACUCUAGCAACGUGUUGCUUGACCGUGUCUUCAAGCCCAAGAUCACGGGUUUCGGCCAUGCCCAAACGAUCAACAUUGAGUCGUCGACAUUUCAACCUCUUACCGGGAACUUCGGAUACGCAGCUCCAGACUAUGUGACAAUGAUAGGUGAGUUGACCGAGAUGGUUGACGUGUACAGCUUCGGCGUGGUGUUACUGGAGCUAGUAACCGGGCGGGCGGCCGUUGAAUUUGCCAUCAGUGACGAUGGAGGUGGAGUCGCUUCUGGUCGCCGUCCAUGGCCACGAGUUUGGCACUUGCCAGCCUGGGCGCAUGAUGUGAUGAACAGAGGAGGUUUCAGCAGCAGCGUGGUUGACAUGGCCAUCCCAAAUAAGGCAUGGUAUAUGAGGGAGAUGGAGGCCGCGUUCAAGCUCGCCGUGGAUUGCACCAUUAGGCAGGCGCACCUGAGGCCGUCCAUGGAAAGGGUUCUCAAGCGGCUCCGAAACCAUGGCAGCACGUUGUCGUGGAUAAAAAGCCGUCUCAGGUGCUGCCUACUGUGAUUGUUGCCCUGCGGAGCAUAUCCCACUCCACGGCGCCCAAAAAAAAGGAAAAAAGAAGUGUACUCAUCCCCUAUGUGUACGUCACAUGCUUGGAUCUGUGUUUUCGGUGUAUGAAGUGAUCAUGUGAGCCUUUUCUGUAAUCGGCAAAAUAAGGGUGUGAUAUGUUCAGUUUUGUUGUAAUCGGCAAAAAAGGUGAUCACUGUAUGAAGUGAUCAUGUGUUUUCAGUUGUAGUUUUGUUCUAUACGUAGAAAGAAAAUGAGAAAUACUUGUUGUCUUAUUGUGGUAUACUCAGCGGUACUAAAUCUGCGAUAAUUAAUAUGGAUCAGA